AUGUCACCAUCCCCGGCUGAGGAGGCUGAGGUGUCUGAAUGCCAUUCUUAUGACUUGGUCGCCAACUGGUCACCAUGCCUGACUGAGUGUGUUGUGGAGUCUGAGCGCCGUUACCUGGAGGAAUGGCUUCAUUCUCUUACCCGUUUGCAGUCCAGAGCGCGCCUUCCAAUCCUGGGAGACAAGCACAAGCCCCUAUCAUCCUUGCGUGUCAACUGGGGCAUCUAUUAG